AUGGGCUUCGGGGCUGCACUCAGCCUCCCGGCCCACUCAGAUCCUCUGGCAGCCUCGGGAGCUCGCCCACUUCACUUGUCCUCUGCCUUUGCUGCCACUGCGGCAGGUGCACACCCCACCACGUCCCUGCUUCCCUCUCCAGCUCUUUUCGCAGGUGGUCCUCAUUCUCCUCUCCGUCUGUCGUUUCUUGAGUGUCAGAACUGGAACCACAGCAUCCCCAAGAUGAAAUCCAUGCUGGGUUUUGCGACCACGGUGCUGGCCCAGGCGCCAGUGAGGAUAAGGACGGGCAGCGACCCACGCUCCUGGGUCUUCAUUUCUAAGAGUUGGGAAUUCCACUUUCUCACCUCCUCACCUGGAUCUAAAUCCCCCGAGGCGAGGCCUUCAACAUGUGAGAAGCAGAAACCAAUACGGAUCAACAUUCCCUACGGAUAUUCCAUAAGACUGAUUCAUAUUCAUAUUCCUGUAUUUCCUCAGUCACUCCAAUAUUGCCUGGGAACUUCUGGUAACAGCAAACUGAGGCCCCAUAUGAAAAAAACAGGAAAAGGUUUUGUCACAAUGGAAAAUACAUGCAGAGUAAAAGCCUCAGCAUCACCCAAAGGAGAUGACACAGCAGGAGAGAGAAGGAGGAAGAGAAGAACCAGCUUUACAAGAUCUCUGGAUCAUGUUUCCAUGCCAACUGACGCCAGGAAGAAGCGGUCCAUGAUAUUCCCCAACUUUGGAAUUUUCUGUCAAGCUCUAUUUCAUGCCAACAAAGGAAAAAAAAAAGUUACUCAACACCCAGAAGGCAGAAAAGCGACCUCUCUCUCUCCAUCUGCAGAAGCCAAGCAAGCGUGUGGGCCUCCGUAUGCAUCCUUUCUUUUACUCACUUUCUAAAUGCUGUAAAGGCUACCAUCUAUCAGGUGGUCACAAACCAUCUCUAAAGUCAAUCUGAGGUCAACCCACUCGACUUGUGAGGAUCCACCUAUACUGCCUCUGCACCUGUAAUAUGACUAAGGAGACGGUGGCUGCACACGUAGUUAACACCAAUUGUACUGUGACUCCGCCUUUCCGCAGCAGCUCUCCGGCUCUUUAGAGUCCUUUUGAGCCAAGCUGGACGUGAGGCAUAAAGGAGCUCUUUGCAAACGCCAGGGGGAAUUUCUUCAGGGUUAAGUUCACUUUCAAUCGGCUUCAUUCUAAGAGAAAUAUGUGGAGCAAACGGGAACUUUUUUUCUCAUCUUUUGCAUUUCAAGCAAAAUCUAAUAAAAUUAGAUGUUUCCACCGUCAGGCUCAGUCUCAAAGAUGCCAGCAGAUCCCGCUUCUAACUUUUAACACAGGCACGCAUGAAAUCGUGAAAUCCCUGCAGCUCCCUCAGAAGCUACAGUAUCAGCAGUUCCUGAAGUGCAAACCAAAACCCAACAUCACGUACUCCUCCAAAGAGCUCAGCCUGUCUGUUGAGCGAUGGAAAUAGCGGCAAGGUGCUCUGGAAGCCAUG